CAAUUUUUGAUUCUCUCAAUUUGCAGCAGCAGACCAUCUAUAUAAAGACCUACUGGGUAAGCAUCUCUUAUUACAUUCAAACAAUAAACUUGAGCAAAUGGAACUGAUUGAGCACAAGUAUGUUGAAGCCAAUGGGCUAAAGCAUCAUGUAGCGGAAAUUGGAUCUGGAUCAACUGUGGUUUUAUUUCUGCAUGGCUUUCCUGAAAUUUGGUACACUUGGCGCUUUCAAAUGAUUGCGGUUGCCAAGGCUGGAUACAGAGCCAUUGCACCUGAUUUCCGUGGAUACGGGUUGUCUGAUAAGCCUCCUGUACCUGAGGAUACCACCUUCUCUGUCCUAGUUGCCGACCUUCCCCCUAUUCUUGAGGCCCUGAAAGUUGACAAGGUGUUUGUUAUUGGUCAAGAUUUUGGAUCAAUGGUUGCUUAUCGAUUUGCCCUUGAACAUCCAGAGAGGAUACUGGGAGUUGCCACAUUAGGUGUGCCAUUCAUGCCACCAGGUCCCUUCACAAGCCAUCAAACACUUCCAGAAGGAUUCUACAUUUCUAGAUGGAAUGAACCGGGACGAGCAGAAGCUGAUUUUGGGAGACUGAGUGCAAAAACUGUGAUAAAGAACAUCUACACCAUGUUCUCGAGAAACGAAAUACCAAUAGCUAAGGAAGGACAGGAGAUCAUGGAUCUGGUGGAACCUUCAACUCCUUUACCCUCAUGGUUCACAGACGAAGAUCUUGCAGCCUACGGGGAUUUGUAUGAAAAAUCAGGGUUUCAGACUUCAUUGGCAGUUCCCUAUAGGUCCUUAUUUGCACCCGAAAAGGAAAGCGGGAAAAAUGCAGAGAAUCCAAGAAUCGAGGUUCCAGCGCUAUACAUGACAGGGGAGAAGGAUUACUUGUUCAAGUUUCCUGGAGUUGCAGAGUUUGUCAAGAGUGGAGAGGUGAAAAAGUAUGUCCCCAACCUGGAAAUGAUAUUCUUGCCUGAAGGAACACACUUCAUUUCAGAGCAAUUUCCUGAUGAGGUCAAUCACCAUAUUCUCACCUUUCUGCAAUGCAAUACUCAGAGUGCCUAAGUCAUCUUAAUUGUGAAGCCUUAUAUUCGAAGCCCUGCUCUUAAGUAUUCGAGAUUUAGCUGAGAGUGAUUAUCUUAUGUUCGUUGAAAUCUUGGAAGUUUGUGAUAUGCUUGUCCUUUAAUUUCAGUUCGGGUGAAUUUAAUUAUGUAAUGUUUUCUUUUGGUACUCA